CGGGCAGCCGGCCGGUGGUCGGGGUCCUCAGAGGACUGGUGUGUUUGCCGUUGCUCGGCAGUAGAUCUUCUCCACUCAUCCAACGUCUUUUCUUGGUUUAUUUCCUCUCAUUCAAGAUGUCAACGCCGUUCGAGAAGCCGCAGAUAAUCUCCCACAUCCAAAAAAGCCUCAACUACACCAUAUUCGACUGCAAGUGGAUCCCGUGCAGCGCGAAGUUGGUCUGUCUGGGGAACCUGGCCCGGGGGACAGGGGUCCUGCAGAUCUACGAGGUCCAGGGGGGAGAGCUGAAGCUGAAUCGAGAGAUAGAGAAGGCCAAGCCGUUCAAGUGUGGUACGUUUGGGGCGACCUCCCUCCAGCAGAGACACCUCGCAACCGGGGACUUCGACGGAAACCUGCACAUAUGGGACCUGGAGGCGGCCACGGAGCCGCUCUACUCGGUGAAGGCCCACAAGGAGAUAGUCAACAGCUUAGACGGGGUGGGGGGCCUGGGGGUCGGCGACGGGGCCCCGGAGAUCGUCACCGGGAGCCGGGACGGGACAGUGAAGGUGUGGGACCCCCGUCAGAAGGACACCCCGGUGGCCAACAUGGAGCCAGGGGCAGGCGAGGCCAAGAGGGAUUGCUGGACCGUAGCCUUCGGCCACGCCUUCAACCAGCAGGACCGCUGCGUGUGCGCCGGCUACGACAACGGAGACAUCAAGCUGUUCGACUUGCGGAACAUGGCCGUCCGCUGGGAGACCAACAUCAAGAACGGGGUCUGCUGCGUGGAGUUUGACCGAAAGGACAUCAACAUGAACAAGCUGGUGGCCACGUCCCUGGAGGGCACCUUCCACGUGUUCGACAUGCGCACCCAGCACCCCACCAAGGGGUUUGCCUCCGUCUCCGAGAAGGGCCACAAGUCCACCAUCUGGCAGGUCAGACAUCUGCCGCAGAACAGAGACGUGUUCAUGACCGCCGGCGGGGCGGGGAACCUGCACCUCUGGAAAUACGACUACCCCGCCCAGCGGAGCGGGGAGGACUCGGAGGGCGGGGCCGUGGGCGUGGCCGGGACGGUCAACCUGCUGCAGAACGUCACUCUGUCCACGCAGCCAAUCGCCAGCCUGGACUGGAGCCCUGACAAGCAGGGGCUGUGCGUGUGCUCAGCCUUCGACCAAUCGGUGCGGGUGCUCAUCGUCACCAAGCUCAACCGAGUGUAAACAACAGCAACGACAACAAAAUCAACAACAACAACCAAAGAAAAAUACUAUUUAUCCCGACGAAUCACAGACGAGCGUCCGCUACACCUGGUGUGACCUGGCUGAUCACGUCACGUUCUGAUGACGUCAUCAAUUUUUCUCUUUGUCUUCUGGAAUCAGUUCAAAGGUCUCCUUUUUGAUUGGCUCAAAUGGGCGCUGGGCAGCCGAUGUCACCUGCUGCGUGACAUCACCUGGUACUCAGUUCAGCCAAUCAGAAACACUGAUGCUAACGACCACGUUGUGGCGUCGGAUACGGCGACGAGUCUCUGAUUGGUGAGUGAAGAGUGUUUCUGAUUGGUGAGUGAAGAGUGUCUCUUAUUGGUGAGUGAAGAGUGUCUCUGAUUGGUGAGUGAAGAGUGUCUCUGAUUUGUGAGUGAAAAGUGUCUGAUUGGUGAGUGAAGAGUGUCUCUGGUGAGUGAAGAGUGUCUCUGAUUGGUGAGUGAAGAGUGUCUCUGAUUGGUGAGUUAAGAGUGUCUGAUUGGUGAGUGAAGAGUGUCUCUGACUGGUGAGUGAAGAGUGUCUCUGACUGGUGAGUGAAGAGUGUCUCUGACUGGUGAGUGAAGAGUGUCUCUGAUUGGUGAGUGAAGAGUGUCUCUGAUUGGUGAGUGUUUUUGGGGCCAAAUGGGCGGAGCUCCCCUCUGCCCGGGGGUCCAAGCGGUCCGGACGAGGUCCGCUCCGAGGAGGGGUCUGACCCCUGCGGGUGAGGGUCUGUGGUCUGCUGGACGCUGCUGCUCUGAGCUCUGAUGUCUUCUGCCUCCUUUUGUUUACCAUUAAACGUCUCGUUUUACAGACCGUGAA